ACAUCAAAAAAGUGGCGCGCAGAAUCUAGGGCAAUCACAAGUGGUCGAGAAAGAGUGGGGGGUGGGACCACUGACUUAACAGGACUGCGCACACCAGAACUCUGUAGGAGAGAAGUUCUUCACAAAGGUCCAGCGUUUGGGCGCAAAAGGAUGGAUUCUUUCAGAUCGGGCUCUAGCAUAGGACUGUCUCCCUCUCCCAGAGACCGACAAUCACCCAUGAGUUUUGAUCAGGAGCACUCACAACCGGGAACAAUGGCCGGAGUUCAGGCGGGAACACUUGGCUUCCCAUCUGAAUCGCUGUGCGUAAAGUACGGGGAAUUUUUAAAACACACCGCUGCCGCCGCAGCAGCCGCUGAGAGCAGUGGCGGGGAGCAGAGUCAGGAUGAUGACAGUGAUGGCAUUGGCAGGAGUGACAUGGUGCUUUUUCCUGAGGAAAGGCUCAUGGCAUCAAUGGCCAAAUGUGACGCAGGUAAGAAACACAAAGAGCAGAAAGUGCUGCGGCUGAACAUUAACGCCCGUGAGAGGAGGAGGAUGCAUGACCUGAACGACGCGCUCGAUGAACUGAGGUCGGUGAUCCCCUACGCGCACAGCCCGUCCGUACGGAAGUUAUCCAAAAUAGCCACUUUGCUCCUCGCCAAAAACUACAUCCUCAUGCAAGCGCAAGCACUUGAAGAGAUGAGAAGACUUGUCACUUACCUUAACCAUGGACCCGGCGUUACCGCGGCGAAUACAUCUGGUGCACCCGGAUUAGGGCUCUAUGACCAGCAGACAGGAUACCCGUUCUCUGCUGGGACUCCAGACCCUUUCCAUAGCAAUGCAAAUCUCUUUAAUAAACACUUCAACCAUAAACCUUGAACAGUUGUGGCCGACGACACUAACAGGGGACUUCAAGCUUCGUGCACACAACUGAAUUGAUGAAUUGAUGGGACCAGCGUGACUGACUGAGAAGUAACCAGAUUACCAAAAUAUGGAUUCUUACUGUAUAUGAUGUUAUAUAUUUCAUGGUGAUUAUGUAUCGAAAUAGCUGUUGUUUUUGCAACGCCAAACGAAAUGACAGCUCCAUAACAUGGUCAAAAUGGUGAGGCUAAUUUGUCUUUAACAAAUUACAAUGCAAGUCCAGUCUAUUUAUUUGACCAUUAUGUAGGCCUUUAUUCAUUUUAUUCAGUUUGAUUCGAUGAUGUUCGAUGAAUAAAUUGUAUUGGUGAUAUAA